GGAACUUUGUUAUAUUUCAUACAGGAAGACUAGAGACACGGAACCGACAGACUAAACACACCUACUGGAUUGGAGAGAAUAAUAAUAAUAAUAAUAUAAAAGCUUACUUGAGAGAUAUCAACGUUUGGAAGAAGUCGACGGCAUGGCAGAGCUGGCGAGUCUGGUGCAAAGGCUAGAGGUUGCUGUUGGCCGCCUUGAGGCCAUUUCCAGCGCUGGAGGUGCAGGUGGUUCUGCUGCGGACAGUGGAGCUGUCUCUGUAUAUGUUGAGGCCUUCGAUGCCCUGAUCUCAGGUCCUGUUGCUGAAUACAUCACCCUGAGUCAGAAGAUAGGUGGUGAUGUUCAAAAGCAUGCUGUUAUGGUGAAGCAAGCUUUCACCAGUCAGAGGCAGCUUCUGGCGACGGCCUCCCGCUCCCAGAAACCCUCCGAUGCCAUUCUGACAUCUCUGCUGGCUCCGGUGUCUAAAGUGAUUCAGCAAGUGCAGUCGUUCCGAGAGCAGAACCGCUCCUCUCCACUCUUCAACCACCUCUCAGCUGUCAGUGAAAGUGUGCCUGCCCUUGGCUGGGUCGCCAUGGCUCCUAAGCCAGGUCCUUAUGUGAAGGAAAUGCAGGAUGCUGCCAUGUUCUACACAAACCGUGUGCUCAAGGAUUACAAAGACAAAGAUAAGACUCAUGUGGAUUGGGUCAAGGCCUACUUGUCAAUCUGGACUGAGCUGCAAGCAUACAUAAAGCAACAUCACACCACCGGACUGGUCUGGAGCAAGACCGGUCCAGUUGCCACAGCAUCUGGAGUUUCUACUGCUCCAGCUGGUGGAGCAGCUCCUCCUCCUCCCGGCCCCCCUCCUCCACCUGCUGAUCUGGACAAGUCAGGAGGUGGAGAUGCAGGCUCCACCAACCGUAAUGCUCUCUUUGCCUCACUCAACAAGGGUGCUGACAUUACUAAAGGGCUGAAACAUGUGUCUGAUGACCAGAAGACACACAAGAAUCCUCAAUUGAGGUCUCAGGCAGGCUCUCUGCACACAGGACCCAAACCCUUCUCGUCCCCCCGGCCAACUGCCACUGCUACCCCUGCCCGCACUCUGCCUCCGGUGCUGGAGCUGGAAGGCAAAAAAUGGAAAGUGGAGAACCAAGAUGGUGCUCAGGGCCUUGUGAUCAGCGAGACAGAGCUCAAACAGGUGGUUUAUGCCUUCAAGUGCAACAACAGCACUCUGCAGAUAAAGGGAAAGAUCAACUCAAUCACUGUAGACAACUGCAAGAAAUUGGGGCUUGUUUUUGAUGAUGUUGUGGGUAUUGUGGAGAUAAUCAACUCUAGGGACAUUAAAGUCCAGGUUUUAGGCAAGGUUCCAACCAUUUCCAUCAAUAAGACUGACGGUUGUCAUGUGUACCUGAGUCAGGACUCACUGUCGUGUGAGAUUGUCAGUGCCAAGAGCUCAGAGAUGAAUGUGCUGGUGCCUGGCAAAAAUGGAGACUUUACUGAGAUCCCUGUCCCUGAGCAGUUCAAAACCAUAUGGGAUGGCAAAAAGCUGGUCACUACAGCCACAGAGAUUGCAGGAUAAAAGCCUCACCAAUAUGAUCCAACUCCUCUGCCAAAUGCCUACCUUACUGACUGACCAACCAGCCAAUCGCAAACGAAAGUGAAAUGCUAAUUGUCCAUACUCCCCAUAAGCCAUUCAGAGACAUGGCUGAACAUUCCUUCAGUCAUUGAGAUGGCUGUUUUGCUAUACACAGCAUAACGAAAACUUUCAUUCCAUUUGAUGUUUUAAUAGCAAUUCCUUCGUUGCCAACAAUCAAGUUGUUUUGCUGUUUUCAAGCAUUCCAAGGAAAAUAAAAUGUGAACAGCCGUAAUUAUGCGCACAUCUGUUAGUUGUGUUUAAUUAUUUUGGUCUUAUAAUGAAUUUAGCCGGUGGUUUUUUUUUUUUUUUUUUUUUUUUUUUUUUUUUAUUUAAAUUUGCUUUACACAUCUACCCCAAUUGUGUAGAGGUGAGAGUCCUGUUUUCUGUUCUAUAUAUGCAAAUCUGUCUGUGUGCAUGCACACGAUUUCAUCAGACAAAAACAGUGGUAGCAUUUUAGACGUUGAUGGUGAUCUUGGUUUUAAUUACCCUCGAAACAAAGAUUUGUGCCAUCACCCAAAUUGGAGAAAAUGAUUGCAUACAGGCUUACUGGUGUACUUCUUUGUAAUCUAGCACUAAAACAAAACUAAUGCUAAAGGAUGUAGUAAAAAAUGAAUUUCAUUCUGUAUUCUGGUGCACAGAGCACAUUCCUUAAAGCAAUGUAAAGUAACAUUCCAUGAUAUAACUGAAUAAGAGGCACAGUAAGGAUGGUGGACAUUUUAUGUAGGAUUAUGCUUGGUUUUUUGUUUUUUUUUUCCUAAUUGUUGCGGACAAAUGCAGCGGUCAUAUUCCUGUUGAAACUCUAGGUGUCAGCAUCAUCAAAUUGAGCAGUCACUGAAUUAGUGAAUCAUUUCCUAUGUUCAGGAUAAACAUUUUCAAGUUGAUGCAUCAGCUAUUAUUUUUGCUUAAUCCUCUGAAAAGCCUUUUCUUCUCAUAGCACUCAAGCCAUAUGUCUUUUUUUUUUAAGUUUGUCUCUUAAUUUGGUCAGUUUUAAUUCUGCUCAUUAGUACUGAGUAAAAACAUUAAAAUGGUUGCAACAAA